GGCCGAUCAAUACGCACACCCCUGCCCGCCCUGAGCCGCCCGCCGUGCCAGUGUGUGUUGACUCGGCGACGAGCGGCCAGACUCGCGGCCGCCGCGGCGCUAACUACAUCUGCUGUCGAGUUUCUUUUGUGUGUUGCAGAGCAGAGAUGAUUGUGCGGUUGGCGUUUGUGUUGUGGGCGCUGGCCGCGCUCAGCACGUGCCAGCAGAGCUCGACGGGUCCGACAGAGGAGGCCAAGGCCACGCGGGCGGCCACUGCCGCCGACACCUCGAGCAGUGCGCCCGUAAGGUCGGAGGUCGUCGCGACAAAGCCGGCCACCCGCCAGCCCGCGGCCACCACCAAGAGGGUGGAAAGCACCCCAGCUGCCACGACCUCCACCAGCAGCACCACCCCUACAACCACCACCACUACCACCACCACCACCACCGAGGCGACGACCACUGCAGAGGUGGCCAAGGAUGAGCUAGAGGCGCUGCCGCCCACACUGCCAGAGCACUACAAACUGAGCGUGGAGAUCUGGGAUGGCAACCGCAAGUUCACCGUGUUCGAGCACAAAGAGGAAACGAGACUAGCGUUGACCUUGAUGCCAAAGGCGACGCCCAACAAGAAACAAGGCCCGUCGCAGUCAUGCUUGGUGAAUCUAACCUCUGGCUCUGGUCACGUGAUUCGAGGAGUGCGGUGUCACGUGUCAACCUCGCUGCCGCACGCGUGUUUCUGCAGCGAGAGCCAGUGCGCGUCGUACGUGCGGCUCGAGUCCAUCAUCACCUUCAUCUCAUCCGGCGCGCCCGGACAGGACACAAACCGCUCCACGGUGCAGGGGGCCGGGGUCGGCUCCGUCGAGAUGCUCAGCUGGAGGCGGCGCGACGCUGACAUGAGCGUCGAGCUGACCUACGUCAGGUCCGACGGCCACGAGCUCCUGCCUGUGGCUGCCCGUUUGGAAGGAAGUGGACGUGUUUUCGGACUGCCUGGAGGAUACAUCCAGCUGACAUAUUCAUUUUUAAAUUUCAAAACGGAGGUUGGAGGAGACUGGAACAGAGUUGAUUCACCUUUUCUGCCACCAGCAGGAGUUUUCUGUCAGCCUCUCGCGCAAUCAAACAAAACGCCGCAUCUUCCCCCUUUGGCAGAACAAUUUUCGGUCUCCAUGGAAACAAUUGUUCACAGCUCGCGACUGAUUUCGUAUGAGCAACAGCAUUACGACCUGGUGGAAAAGCUGGUUGCCUACACUUGGAGGCCGCACUUGCACACGCCUUUGCCACCUGUUAACUUUGGCAAUUUUCCGCCAGCGCAAUCUCGACUGCCGGCGCACAGCUUUAGGCUCGUUCACGAUUUUAAGAGCGGCGUCCAAUACAGAAUCAGCGAAGAAACGGGGAACUGCACUCUUGAAGGCAUUCCUCUGGACGCACCUGACGCUGCUCUCACGGCAGCAACCAAACACGUCCGGCUCAGACACGCGCAAGAACUGCUACACGCCGACAGAGACAGCUUUGCCUACUGGGGUCUGCGAGAAGUGCGUGGUAUAUUGUGCGACGUGUGGGUUGCGUCGAGAGGCACCCAGAGAGGAUUCUACUCGACCGUCGAGGUGUUCCUCUCGCACAAAAACUGGAGCGUGGAAAUGGAAGUGCUGAACCACGUGCAACGCGUUCCUGUCGGGGUGGCCACUUAUCUUACGCCAGCACAAGAGAGCCAGUCAAGCACGACCUUCCAGCACGUCUCGACGACCCACUACUACGGCUACAGGACCGGCCAUCCUGCCUGGUCAAACUUUGAAAUCGCGCCCUGCUUGAACAGAUUGAACCGCCUUUUCUUGAAACUUUCUCUCCAAAUUUCAUACCGAGAGCUUUCGCAAUUUAACCUGGAAGCAGUCCAAGACUCCCUACGAAGAGCAAUUGCUGGCAUUGCCGGUGUCUCGCCCCUUCGUGUCACUCAGAUUACAUUGAGCAGUGAAGGCGCGAACGGCGAAGUGGCUGUGUGGUUCUCUUUGCUGGAGGCGCCAGGCCUUGUUGGGCCGGUCGACCAGCCGCGAGCCCAACUUUCGCUGGCCGACUCGCACCAGCUGCUCAGAGGCAUCGUCCAGAGGCAUCCGGUGCCUGUCCGGAUCGGACUUGGUGGCGGAAGACAACGCGUGGUGCAAUUCAGGGCCGGCUCUUUAGCUGCAGUGCCCGAGGCUGUUCACCCUGGAACCACCGGAGGCAAACCCAGACGUUAUUUCCACGCCACCUACACAGCAGGUUCAAUGGCUGGAUUCGGAUUUUCAAUGGUGGUGCUUGGGCUGUGCGUUGGUUUGCUCUCUGGGUUCCUGCUGUGGAAGAAACGUCCUGGAGUCCCGUACGAGUUGACAGAAUAAUUUUCGAAUUGAUAUUUAAAAAAAAUGUGCACACAAAAGUUACUCAGCACUGGUCGCCAAUAUAAAGAGGCCAAUCACCUGUCACGUCCAUGUUAGUGUGAAGCUACACGCUGCUCGAUUCCCAUAAAACAAUCACAAUUUUUUUGUGUCAAAAACAAAUUUAUUCCAUUUUCUUAUUGUGAAAGGGCUUUCUUUGGUGUUCUCGUCUUUUCAAAAUCCUAUUGAUUCUGAAAAAUAAGUCUUUCAUGUUGCAAUUUUGCGCACUUUUCUGUGUCUCGAAAUAACAAACUAAAUUAUAUUUGUGGUGUGAUUUAAAAGUUGAUAAAAUAAUAUAAUAAUUGCUGAUUACUUAAAAUACUCACAAUUUAGACGUGUAGACACUCACAACCAAUCUCAAAAUAUACACGCAGGCUUUAGGAUGAAAAAUUAAAAAAUUGGUCCACAUUGCGGGAGAAUUAGUUAAAACACGUAAAAAUUUACGAAUUUAAAGUACCAUUCAGGGACUUGUUUUAUCACGUUGUUUAGCAUUAAACAAAAUGCAUUAAAUAGCGACAAGGAUCAGCAGCGUACUAAAAGAAAGAAUAAAAUGUAAUUAAGUGUUUAAUGUAAGACUUCAUUAAAUUGCAAAAGUAAAUUUACGCUCAUAUGCAACAUACAUAAAAAAAGUAAAUUUAAAAUCUCCAUUUACGAUCUUUACACGAUAUACGUAAAACGCUCAUUAAAAAUUUAUGAUCUGUGGUUAUCUUAACUGGAUGAUUUUUUUUUGUCGGAUUGGUCCACCUCUUUGAGUGAUUAAAAAGGGAAAAAAUGCUGUCGCCUCACACAAUGAAAAUAUUUUGAAAAAGAUGUUAAAUUUUCUUACAGCCGGAAAAAUGGAGAAUCAAACAUUUAAUAUUACUGUGUACAUAUAAAUGCAAUUUCAAGCAGGGCAUUCUACUUCAGACUGCCUUUCACAAAAGACACCACGAAUGUUAAAUGACUGCAAUUAAUUCGCUUCAAAGAUUGGAAAUUUUGACUGCAAUUCGAUUUAUUCAAAUGAAAAAUCUUGUCCAUUACAGAGUCCCUGCUACAAUGUUUAUAGUCUUAAAAAUAAAAUCAAUUGAGAAUAUUA